GCUGGGCGGCGGCGCGGCCGAGCGGUGCGGCGAGCGGCGCGGCGGGGACCGGCAUCGGGAUCGGGAUGGGGACGGCGACAGCGCCCGAGCGGAGGGCAGGGCCGACGCGGGCCGGCGGCAGCGGGGCUGGCUGGCCUGGUAUCCCCAGCUGCACAUCCUCCUCCUGCACCUGCUUCUCAUCUACAUCUCUGUGCCCUCCUCAUCUGCCUCUUCCCCGUCUUGCUCACCACAUUUCUAUACCUGAACUUCUGCUCGCGGUGCCAAGCAGCAGAGGGGCUGAAGCACGGGGCAAGGACCAGCGCUGGUAUGAGGAGGCACUUGCUGAUGCUCACCCUGUCAUCAUCUACCUGCACGGCUGUGAGGGGACCAGGGCUGUGAGCCACUGUGUCCAGUUCUUGAAGAUCUACCGCCAGUUCCCAGGUUGUGAGUACUUCAUCUUGGACUUGUUGGCUCUGCGCAACAUGUUCUUCUGCAGUGACAAGAAUGUGAAGGUGCUGACCUGCCCGCUCCUCAUCCUGCAUGCAGAAGAUGAUGCUGUCCUACCUCUGCACCUGGGCCACAAGCUCUUUGAGACUGCUCACAGCACCUACAAGGACAAAACCAAGGUGAAGUUCAUUACCUUUCCCAAGAAGCUAGGCCUGGGCCACAACUACAUCUCAUUCAGCCUGGAGCUGCCCACCCUGGUGAAAAACUUCUUGGACAUUUAGUGAUGCCACCUGCCGCGUGCAGCAGCAACCACAAGCACUGCCUCAAACCGCCACCAGGAACCCCUCGUGGCACUGAAAUUACUGCUGUAAUAAAAACUACUGAGAAACUUC